AUGGCUUGGAAUGGCUGGGGUGGCUGGCAACGCGGCUGGGGGGGAGGCCGUGGGAAAGGAGGCUCCAAGAAAGGAGGGGGCAACAAGCCCUUCUGGAGGCAGUUCGUCGACCCGUCGGACGACCCCGAAGUGAUCAAGUGGUGCCGGACGCGUAUUCAGCAAUUUCUGGACAGCGGGGAAACCACACAGGAGGUGGAGUGGCUGUCGACAACCUACAGGAACACCAUCCGGAGCAUGGCCAGUGAGAUGGGUGCCAGCUGGCUAAAGGUGUCCAAGGGCGUCUACACCCUGGCGCGGCCUCAGAACCAGGGUUCCCGCAGCCUUGCGCAGCUGCGUAGUGAGCUCGUGGCCGCUGUGAAGCAGUUCUGUGUUGACAGCGGGGGCCGCUGCAAGCCAAACUGGGCCCGCAACUCGCUGCCCACGGACCUCUGGGUUUCCGCCAACGCGGAGCUGAAGCUCAAGAACCUGAGCAACCUCCCUCAGGUUGCCCCCGAGGAAUGGCGACGAGCUGGGAUGUGUGCCGCCCAGUCAGGGCGGAUGUUCUAUCUGGCCGGGGCAGAAAGCGACGUCUACGACGAUGCCUUCUUCGCGCAGUUCAAUGCCGUGCACCUGCAAAACGCCUGCGGGUCCCUGGAGGCAGGGCUUCGCAAGCUGCCAAGGCACAUUCGGAGGCCUUCCGAGAUGCAGGGCUUGGACUUCCUGCAGCAGGCCUAUGAGGACAUGGGCCCAGAUGGCCUUGCAAAGGAGAAGCGCAACCCGGGCUACCAGAGCAUGCUGCCAGCAAGGCAGCGGCUCCCGGCCUUUCAGAUGGCCCAAGCCAUCUGCCAGGGGGUGCGCGCGUCGCAGGUGACGCUGGUGCUGGGAGCCACGGGUUGCGGAAAGAGCACGCAGGUCCCGCAGUCGAUCCUCGAAGACUGCGCCGAGCGUGGGGAGCCCUGCCGCGUGGUGGCGACGCAGCCGCGCCGGAUUUCGGCCAUGUCGGUGGCCGAUCGGGUUGCAUCGGAGCGGGGGGGAAAGCUCGGCGACACGGUGGCUUACAAGAUCCGGUUCGAGGACACCGUCACCUCCUCGACGCAAGUCGUGUUUUGCACGGUGGGCAUCCUCCUCAAGGUGAUGCAGCUCAACCCUGGGCUUCAAGGUGCCACGCACAUCAUCGUGGACGAGGUGCACGAGAGAGACCUGCACACGGACUUCCUGCUGACGCUACUGCGCAGGGUGCUGAACCAAAGGGCGGACCUCAAGGUUAUCCUCAUGUCGGCAACGGUAGACCCCUCGGCCUUCCAGGGGUACUUUGAGGGCAUCCAAACCGUGAGCAUCCCGGGGAAGACGAACUACCCCAUUCAAGAGCUCUUCCUGGAAGACCUGCUGCCGCAGCUCCCUAGGCGGAGCCGCGAGGCGUGGCGGGAUGCUCGAAGCCAACAGUGGAGCAAGGCCUCAGCUUUCGCUGUGGGCCCGCUUGAGGGCGUACCCCAGGGCGCCGAUGCCGUGCGGGCAGCCCUGCCUCACGUGGCAGAGGACGUUGUCUGGGACAUAGCCACCGUGCAUGAAGAGCUGGCGCAGAGUAUCGACUACGACUUGACAGCCGCGCUCGUGCAGGCAAUCCACGAUUCGGGUGAGGAUGGAGGCAUUCUCAUCUUCAUGCCGGGUUGGUUCGAGAUCACCCAAACCAUGGAGAGGCUUCAGAGUUGCCGCUGUAGACAACAGCUGGCAAUACACCCUCUGCAUUCGCGCAUCCCGACUUGGGAGCAGCGGGCCAUUUUUCGGCCUGCCCAGGCGGGCAAGCGGAAGGUCGUAGUCUCGACAGUCCUGGCAGAGACAUCCAUUACCGUGGAGGAUAUUGUGUACGUCAUCGAUCCGGGCCGUGCGCGGACGACAUUCUUCAACGAGACGUCCAUGAUCUCUGCCCUCCGGACGGUGUGGUACUCCAAGGCGAAUGGCUUUCAGCGACGGGGCCGGGCUGGGCGUUGCCAGCCAGGCGUGUGGUAUCGGCUCUUCAGCUCUUGCCAGUGGGAGGCCAUGGAGGAGUAUGCCUUACCGGAGCUUCAGCGCUCCCCGCUGGAGGAGCUCUGCAUGGAGGUUGCGUCACUCAACCUCGGCCCCCCUGCAAGCUUCCUGCAAGAGGCCAUCAGCCCCCCGAAAGAGGAGGUGGUCUCCCAUGCUCUGAAGCUGCUACACGGCCUCGGUGCCGUGACGGACCUGACAGGGGAGACCUUAACACCCUUGGGCACUGCACUGGCAAAGAUACAAGUGCACCCAAUGCUUGCAAAGAUGCUGCUGCUGGCCGUGCCUUUCCGGUGCUUCCACAUGAUGAUCACCAUCUGCGCCUCUCUGGGCUACAAGUCGCCCUUCCUCUGCCCCAUGGGCCUCGAGAGGGAGGCCAACCAGGCCAAAGCCAACCUGGCCCAGGAGUCGAAGUCCGACCUCAUCGCCCUGGUCAACGCCUACCAGGGCUGGAAGCGCGGUCGAGCCAGCUUCGCCCGCCAGAACUUCCUCUCCAACGAGACGAUGGACUACAUCGACCGCCUGCGCGAGGACUUGCUGGCCGCCACCAGGGAGGUGCUUCGAAAUGUGCCCGAGGACCACACGGACCCGACGGUCUUGGCAGACUCCUGCAAAGCUGUGCUGACUGCCGGCCUCUAUCCCAACGUUGCCUUCAUCCGUCGAAGGGGCAAGGGCCACACCAUCCAGGGCUUGCCAGUGGUGGUCCACCCAGGCAGUGUGAACUCCAAGGAGCAGUGGACCCAAGUUGCUUUCUACGAUAUCCAAGAAACCACCGAUCGGUUCAUGUACGACACGACUGUGGUGGGCCUCGCGCCCCUGCUGCUCUUCGCGCCUGUCUUGAAAGAAGUCCACAGGGGAGUCCGCGUGGUCUUCGAGCUCCCGGCCGAGACGAGCCCAACGCAUGUCGCGGUCGACGUGAAGGUGGCCGACGCGCUGCUGGCACUGCGAGAUCUCGUGGCGACUUUCGUGGACCGCUCGGUGGGAGCCACUCCCACACCGGCGAUGCUCGGCAUGGCCCUGGAGUUGAGCCAGCUCUUUGCUGAGAAGGUGGACACUCUGGGUGGCGACGACGAGGAAGGGGAAGACUCUGCCAGGGGCGAAGGCAGUACGCGGAAUGCCUGGAACGGCGAAGAGGAAGCGGAGGCGGAGGUUGAGGUGGAGGUGGAAGUGCUGGAUGCUUGGGAUUCCGACGAGGUUCCCGAACCAUGCGCCAAGUCCUCGAAAAGAUGA